AUGGCAUCCGAUAUUCCCAAGAUUGUUCCUCUCACCUGUCACGGGCAUUCGCGCCCCGUGACCCAUUUGAGUUUCUCUCACACCGUUGACGAUGAUGAAUACUACAUUAUCUCGGCCUGUAAAGAUAACAAUCCCAUGCUGCGAGAUGGCAUCACUGGUGACUGGAUCGGCACAUUUCUCGGCCACAAAGGUGCUGUAUGGCAAUCCCGGCUAUCUGCCGACACAGCCAUUUCAGCCACUGCAGCGGCAGAUUUCUCUGCCAAGGUCUGGGACACCUACACAGGCGAAUGUCUCCACACUCUUCAACACGCACACGUUGUGCGAUCAAUCGCCUUCCCCAUCCAAGCCAACCCCCAAGUUCUCGCAACAGGUGGCGCAGAGAAGAAACUUCGCAUCUUCGAUCUUUCCCGCAGCUCUGGCGGCCGCGGUGGUAGCAACACUUCCUCCCCGCCCUUGCCACCAACAGGUGGUGCGAAUAGCAGCACAGGAACAAGCUACGAGAUCGGUCCCGGCGCUCACGACGGUACCAUCAAGUCCAUCGUUUGGAACAGGGACUCCAACAUCGUGACGACCGCCGCCGAAGACCGCAAGAUUCGCUGGUGGGACCUGCGCUCGCGCCGUUCUGUUGUCGAGACAGCCGUCGAAGGAAACAUUGGCUCCUGUGAACUGAACACUCUGGCUACUCGACCCGAUAACCCCGGCGUUCUAACCGUCGCUGCUGGAAAGAGUGUGUAUUUGUUUGAUGCAAUUACGCCGGGCCGCCUGUUGAAAAAGGCCGAUUUCGGAUAUGAGGUUGCCAGUGCCGCCGUCAAUACCGAGUCGGGCCGGUUUGUUACCGGUAGUGCCGGGGACACCUGGGCCCGAGUCUACGACCUGAACACCGAUGAAGAACUAGAGGUACAAAAAGGACACCACGGUCCCAUCUGGUCCAUUAGCUUCUCACCCGACGGCAAACUCUACGGAACUGGUAGCGAAGAUGGUACGAUCAAGUUGUGGAAGGCCUGCCGGGAGCCGUAUGGCCUCUGGCGUUGA